AUGUCUACGGAGCAGACUGCUAUGCAGGAGAGUGGUGGAGGACUCAAGAGUCCCCAAGCUAACCCCCAAGGUCAGCUUGCUGCACCUGAGCCUUCUACGACUCAGACUUCGGACGUCCAAGAAUCGGCAGGGUCUCCAGCAACGACCCAGGGCUCUGCAUCCGUAGUAGCGGCCCAAGCUUCCGCCCCGUCACCGCCGGAGCAAUCGACUUCCACUUCUGGGAGCGUACAAGGGGACAUAGACAUGACGGAUGCAGGGGGUCCAGAUAAUAUCAGUAUUUCCGACCGUCAGCGUUUAAUUCAGGAUAUCAUCAGCGUUCCCCGUGAUGCGACUGCAAUCAUGCGUGCAUGUGCACAAAAUAUUCCGGAUAACUGCGAUAUAAAUUACAAGCAACUGAAGGUUAUUCUCCACCCUGACAGGUUUGUGUCUCCAGCAGACAAGCCAAUCGCAGAUGAAGCGUUCAAAAGGGUAUCGUGGGCCGAAGGGGAGAUUGAAAAACGCUUUCCUAGCGAGCUCGACAGAAACCAUCAUUUCUUUCAGGGAGGAGGAUCUGACUCCGAGCAGCAUGUUGAAGGGGAGCUAUCCUCGUAUCAUAAACAAGCCCAUGAGGAAGCCACGCCCUUCAUACAAUCUCUUUACUUUGGCUUUCAGAAAGACCCACGUGUGAACCUUUACCAAGGACCUAUUCCCGCAGCAAUCCGAACGCCGGCUGAAAAGCUCGAAAUAAUCAACAAGAAAAUACGAGAGGGAAACUCCCAACUAGAGAAAGAAUCUGAGCUUGGCAUCAUCCGCUAUCAGGAACUUUUAGGGUAUUGGAGACCAAUCUUUCUGUCACCGGAACUUGCACCUUCCCAAAUGAAGGCGAUAAAAGCAUACUGUGACAAAUUCCAUUAUCCAAGCGAAUGGGCAACACCCCCACCUAAGAACUCGACAAACAGUCCUGAAGCACCGAACUCGGCAAACAGUUCUCAAGCACCGAACUCGCAACCUCACUCACACCAUGCGCCGAUUUCGCACCCUGACUCGAACAAAGCAGGCUCCCAGCUUCAACACGUAUCUGCCGGGAGCCGUACACGUACGAUUGCUUUAUUGCCUCGAAGAGUUGUACGUUCACUCAAACCUGGGUUUACCUCCACUGGAGAUAGAAUCCGCAUGAUCCAACACCUUGGACUCAUGGGUGCGCGUUUUGUAGUUGAGGAUGCCAACGGCAGGAUACGCCUUAUGUCAAGCGCAGCUACGGGGGGCCAACUUGCCAUUGAUGGAGCCAAGUCUGCCGGAGUCCCAGAUACCUUACGUGGGGAUAAAGAAGUGAACAAUCUUCGCAUUCAGAUUCGAGCCACGUUUGGUGGCACAUACGGCCUGAAUUGGGUAGCCGUUGGGGAAGUGAACUCCAUGUGUGAUAAGUCUCCAUACAUGGUGGUUGGCUUCUUCCAUGAAGGACCUGGUGGAAAUCCUCCCUUACAGGAGGUUGGCCUCUCGCGGUCGGCUCUCAAGAAGAUUCUUUCACCAAAAGAAGCAGACAGGCUGAUUUCAGAGGCUUUGACUUAUGAUCCUGAUAUCGCUCUGCAAGAUGCCAUCUCGGACCUGUCUGGGCUAAGUUUGAAGUCUGGCGGACAUUCCUCGCAGCUUCCCGACUUUGGACUUCCCGCACCGAGAGAUACAGGCUACCUCCCUCACGUCCCAAAUAUGGCCCCACAGCUCGGCGUUGGUUCCAACAUGUCCCAACCAGCGUCGUUUUCAUAUCCUGUCCAACAGCACCAGUUUGGUUAUAGUCAGCAGCCAAACAUGCCAUAG